AUGACCACCACUGUUCCAUUAAUUUACGCGUUCCCGGAGUUCCACGGGGUGGCGGAAGCCGUGGCAGACCACAUUGUGGCCGCGCAGAAUAUGACAUUGUAUAAUAACUUGGCCAAAUCAAGCAGUGCCGCAAGCCUCGGAGCCACCGCGCGUAAGGAGAGAAAGCAGCGCGAGACGCGGUUCAAGGUUGCGAUUUCCGGGGGCUCGCUCAUCAAGAUCCUUCGUGAGGGUUUGCUUGACCGUGAGGACAUUGAGUGGGCCAAGUGGGAUAUUUACUUUGCGGACGAGCGGUUGGUGCCGUUUUCCUCGCCCGAGUCCAACUAUGGCCAGGCGAAGCGCGAGAUCUUUGACCGCAUCACCGCCGAAGCCAAGCCUAACAUCUACCAUAUUGACGAGGCGCUCCUCGAUGACCCGGAUGAGUGCGCGGAUGCUUAUGAAAAGUGUCUCAUCGACAAUUUUGCGCGGAAGGACUCCGUCAAGUUGCCCAUGUUCGAUCUCUUGUUAUUGGGCUGUGCGCCCGACGGCCAUGUCGCAUCGUUGUUUCCGCAGCACCCGACGUUGCGCGAGCAGCACGCGUGGUGCGUGGCGGUAACCGAGGCCCCAAAGCCGCCGGCUAACAGAAUCACGUUGACCAUCCCCGUCUUGUGCCACGCUCACCGGGUGACAUUUGUGGUAGAAGGUGCGACAAAGGCCCCAAUUAUCAAGACUAUCAUGGAGAGACCAGAAAAGGGCUUACCGAGCAGUAUUGUCAACGAUGGAGCUGCCGGGAGAGUUACAUGGUUUGUUGAUGAUCUGGCGUUGACUGAUGUGUUUGUGACGAAGAAGAAGUAUAAAUUUUUAAUCAGCGAGAGCUAG